CAGGCUGGAGAGCGGCUAUAAGUGAGUGGUGCGGUGGCCUUCCUCUGCCUCUUGCUGCUGACUGCGCCUUUGUCUUCCAAGGUUUGUCUGGGUUGCAACUUAGCGCUCUCGUUGGCCGACAUUCCUCCCGACUCCUGCCUGAACUGCUGUUACAGCGAGCCGGCCACUCCCGGCCCUUCCUCCUGGAGGAGACAGAGGCCUUCCAGAGGAGGAAGGCAGCUCUACUGCUCUACAAAGGAGUGGGAUCUUUUCAGCUAUGAAGCAUGUGUUGAACCUCUAUCUCUUAGGUGUGGUGCUGACCCUACUUUCCAUCUUUGUUAGACUGAUGGAGUCGCUGGGGGGCUUACUGGGGAACCCAUCACCAGGGAGCUCCUGGACCACCAGAGGUCAUCUAGCCAGCACAGAACCCAAGAGCCUUCCAGAACAUCCAUCCAGAGGGGUGUGAUAAGACCCCCCUACAUCAGCUGUAACCUUGGAACACUGGCCCAAACCUGUCCAACCAGGUGUCCUAGUUUCUGGGCAGGCAAGCUCAGCAUCAGUGUCAACAGAACUGUUACUAGGCCCUUGAAGGGCCCCUUCAAUCUGGAUGCUUCAUGCCCUGGAAAAAGAGCCUGUUUAAUAGGCAGGUGUGAGUGUUGCCUGUGGCGAUGGGAUGGAGUGAUUUCACUGGAGUCUGCUGUAUGCUCUGUUGUCCUUGGAGAACAGCUCUUGUGCUGCAACUUCAGCUGUUGGGAGAUGAUGGUGUUUUCAGUCCUACUUCCUAAACAUCUGCCAAGAGUUCCUUUGGACUUGGGUGGCUUAUGAUCAAUUUAUUUGGUCAGCUUCUCUUUCAUGUCAGCUCCUCUGUGUGGAGGUAACAUUGAAGGAGAUGGGAGUUAGCAGUAGGGAGGGGGAAGGUGAAUUGUUCAAUGUCCAGUUCUCAUUGUUUUACUUU